AAGGCGCCGUGGGGCGGCGGGGCCGGGCGGUGUCGGGCGGUGUCGGUCCGUUCUGGGCCCGGGAGGAACGAGCGGGGCUCUGCUGGGUUGGGCUGGCCUCGGCCGGGACGGGCAGCGUCGCUAUGAGCUCCGGCGGGACCCUGAGUAUCCUGCGCAGCGACUCCUACGCCGAACUCAGCCAGUACCGGGACCAGCAUUUCCGGGGAACGCGGUACGACCAGGAGCGGCUGCUGAGGAAAAGCUGCACGCUCUACGUGGGGAACCUCUCCUUCUACACCACGGAGGAGCAGAUCCACGAGCUCUUCGGCAAGAGCGGCGACAUCAAGAAGGUCAUCAUGGGGCUGGACAAAGUGAAGAAAACCGCCUGCGGCUUCUGCUUCGUGGAGUAUUAUGCCAGAGGAGAUGCUGAAAAUGCAAUGCGAUACAUCAAUGGAACCAGACUUGAUGACAGGAUCAUAAGGACAGACUGGGAUGCAGGAUUUAARGAGGGUAGGCAGUAUGGCCGUGGAAGAUCAGGGGGACAGGUCCGAGAUGAGUAUCGGCAAGACUAUGAUGCUGGAAGAGGUGGCUACGGCAAAACUGUUCAAUGCCAGUGACUCCUCAGCCUCACAAGAGAACCAAAUAUGCAUUGUAAACAUCACCAGACACUAAGUAGGUCUGUUGCACACAAAUUCACAGAAACUCCUAUUCAUGUUCCUGUGAGCACAUCCUAUGUUCAAUACCUCUUCUGUUUUUAAAACCAGGAACCAAAGCUUUGCAGAGGACCUGGGAGCAAGGCUUUAAGCAUUAGAAUGCUUGAGGCUUUGGUCUCUAAAUGCUGCUAUAACUUACUGAAAGGAACAAAGAUGUAAUAUGGUGCUUUUUUUUCCUCUGGCAAAACUUGAUUAUUCUACCACUGGGUUUUGUUUACAUUGGUAUCACAGGGUGGAGAGCAGUGAUAAAGGAUGAUUGGUGCAUGUUUCACAGAUGAAAGCCAAAGGCAAAGAGCCRGAAAAGGAAGUCGAAUUUCUAGGGAAAUUUUUCAAUUUCUAGGGAAGACUUUUAAGUUGCAGAUUUUCUGGGGUUACUGGAUUAGCAUCCUUUUUCACUGGUGCUGUUCUAGAACAUUUACAUGAACACUCAUAAUUAAACAAAUCAGAUUGAGUUUAGGAAUCAUGAAGUGGGAAGCAGCCUAGUAGAAGGCAAGAAACAGACCCCUGCAGUCUUACAUUAUACAAAGUAUAAUGUGAUUGCAUGACAGAGAAGARCAAAUGUAAGAAUUACAAUACCUCUUAUUUCACAGUUUUAGUGUUUUGCUCUAUCUGGUAGCUCUUUGAAGCCUUAAUAUUUGCGGGCAAUAUCUUCCCUGUGUCUGUAAGUGUUGYAUGAAGCUACGGUACCCCCAAAAUUCGAUGUUUGAGGAACUGGGUGUAUAAUGAGAAAGUUUAUUCCAAAAAUAGAUUUUCUGUUUGAGAAAAUUGAUUUCAGACAAAARUAGAGACAAAAGAGUUUUGGGAAGAUUCUUGCUUUCUACUGAGCAUGUGAUAAGAAUGGUAAAAGAAUUUCAGGAUUGCAUAGCUUGUGUUUUGGUUCUUUCCCCACUGGAUGCUAUUCCUACUGCUUGUUGAUAGGUUGGGAUUUUGGUGUAUUGCUCACAUAAGCUUAAAAAUGUGAUCCCAAGAUCAGUGAAUUUGGCCUGUUAAAAUGAAAUACUUUAAAARGAACUGUUAAAGGGCUUUGGAAUUUCUUCAUGAUCUUCUGAGUUCCAUGUAAAUGGCAAUUCAAAAAGUUWUGUCCAAAUACCAUGUUGUCCGUGGCUCCUUAAAAACCCUUAAAGAUAGGUAAAAGUUGAUUCUUUCUCACUGAAGGUAUUGUAGGAGCUCUUGAUGUGUUUCUUGUGUACAGUUACUCACAGCUGUUACUGUGGAUUGGAAAACCAGUGAGAUUCAACAAGUGCUUACUUAGGAAGUGUGRUUUUGGGUGAAYUUUGAGGUUUUUUGGCAUGUAGCGUAAACUAGAAUUGUGGGAUCAUUUGGUGCURGUCUGCAAACAAGACUUUGAACAAAGUUACUUUUUCCAAUAUAGUACAUUUGACUAUGAGUUUACAGCCUGUAAUCUGCUCUAAAACACUGUUGAAGUUUAUUUUUCAUUGUAUUGAUUUUGUAUGGAAAAUGUGUUACCAAAAAUUCUAAAGACACUUUCUUUUAAAUAAAGCUGCAAUAUCA